UUUGAUUGGUCAUGUUAUUGUUUACAGUUAGGCAGUGACAGAACAUCACCUGUCAGUACCCGACAACCUCGGGCUAUUGCUAGGAGAUUAAUUUUACUACUUUAUUUAUUAUUUAUUUUAGUUUAAAUAGUGUGUAUCUUAUAUUAAUAUUUGUAUUAGUUCAACGAUACACUUUUUAUAAGUUUUGUGUGUUAGCUAACUGUAAGCUAGCUAGCCGGCUAGUUCUUGGCGGAUGUGACUUAGCUAACUUUUGAAUUAAGUUAGCUGCGGUUGUCAUUUUGAAGAAGUCCCUUUAUUUUGCCAUGGAUCAAACUGGCUCUUUCCCAGUGAAACUGUACAUUUACGACCUGUCCAGGGGCAUGGCCCGCCAGCUGAGUUCUCUCAUGUUAGGGAAACAGCUCGAUGGGAUAUGGCACACUGCUAUUGUGGUCCAUGGAAAGGAGUACUGCUUUGUUGGAGAAGGUAUCAACAGUUUUUCACCCGGUGGCACCCCCUUGGGUGAGCCUAAUUCCAUUGUGGACCUGGGGUAUACCGAGGUUCCUGCAGAGAUCUUCAUAGAGUAUCUGUUUUCGCUGGCAGAGUCCACAUACAGAAGUGACAAGUACAACUUGUUUGAGCACAACUGCAACACUUUCAGCAACGAGGUGGCUCAGUUCCUAACAGGCAAAAAGAUCCCAUCGUACAUUACAGACCUUCCAUCCGAAGUACUGUCCACGCCGUUUGGCCAGGCUCUCCGUCCCCUACUGGAUUCCAUUGUCAUAAAUCCUGGAGGCAGCAACAUAACUGGACAGCGAUAAACAGCGCUGUUUAUCAAAGAAGAUAUUUUCAUUUAAAGGUUUGGGUGAGAGUGGGACGUUCACCAACAGCCACCAGUCAGACCUAUGUGAUUGUGACUGACAGGUCGAUCUGUGCUGCCAGUCAAAUUUCCAUCUAACCAACUAUCAUUUGAAUGCUCUUCUCUACUCAGUAUCAAGGCCUUUUUCUUCACAUUCUACAUAUGUGAAGUUUUAUAGUGUGUCAGCCACAGGGGCCAGGGGACUAAAGAUAUCUACUGUGGGUGCGAUAAAUCGGAUGCAACUAUAAUUUUGUGUGUGUGUGUUCAUAAAUUAAAAGUAGUACUUCCCCUGGUACAGCAAAAUCAUUAUAUAUCAUAUUAAUUUUAUAUUUUGAAAUUGUGAAGCGAAUUCAGCUUUCCCACACGGGUACUGUUUUUAAUUGUACAUCUUCAUCCUUUACAAAGGUGCUUCGUCAUGGAAGUCUAUUAGGAAGGGUGUUACAGCCAGGUGUCCAGUUCAGAAAUGGAUUGAUAUGUAUAAAUAUGAUCAGAGAUGAGAAGAUGACAAUAACAGAUUCACUUUUAAGUACUUAAAAUGUUAACAUCUUAAAAAUAAAUGCAUGAUUUGAUUAUUAAAAUGUUGUUUCCUAUAUAGAACAUGUAUAUAACCAGCUAUUACCUUAACAACACUAUACCAGCAAAGCCUUACUCAUCCUAUUAUACCUCAGCCUUAUCAUGCUCUUACUAAACAUCAACGUGGUCUUACAACCAUUCUGUCACCAUAUAUCAAUGACAUCUGCCUCUUUGGGAGAGAGGGUGGAGUUUAAUGCCUCUGAUAGGUUGCCACAUUUUCCCAUCACAUCACCUCCUUGUGGUUCACGCUGGCUACAUAAAUUUUGGUAACUUUGCACAUCUGGGCUCCCGAGUUAUGAGCCCCUUUUCAUCAAAGGGGAUGCUGUUAAUUGCAGUUUAUCUCAAUUCUCCUGAUGUCUAGGCGAAGUUAUGCUCCAAUCUGUGUUUAACUGGUGUUAAUUGGUCUUUCAAUUUCUCCAACUUAUUGUAAUCCUCUAAAUUUGUUACUUUAGUGAGUGAAUUUUUCUUUUUAAACUCCAUCUGGCUCUAUAUAAAAAAUUAAAAGAAAGACCAUAUUGGUAAACAAGGUGCCAAAUUGGGGUUAUUUCAGUAGUUCAUAAUAAUUUAACAUUGUGACACUGGGGAACACUUUUGCUAAGAAUUUUGAAUCUGCACCUUGGUCCAGGCUGGUACCACAAGCUAGUCUCUUGUUAUUUGGUCCAUGGCUGAAUUUUCUACCAAACUGCAUUGCAUACAAACAAACAUGACCAAAAAUGUAACCUCGUAGGCAGGGGUCAUACACUUUCCAACCAGAAACUGCGCUGGACCAGUUUCUUUCCCAAUGAGCUGAGGGUCAUCUGAAUGUAAAUUUAAUGUGUUUUUACGAAAAGCUGUGUAGCUCACUACUGCAGAGGCAUUGGUAUGGUUAAUACUUGUCAUUUCCUGUUUUGAUUGUUUUUCUUUCUGUGUUUUGUUUUGUUUUGUUUUGUUUCCUGUGGAUAUUAUUAUGACAGGACUAUACUCCAAGGACAAGGCCAGAGUAAGUUAAAGUUAAAAGGAAGGAGACAGUCUAUCAAUAAAAUAGUUCUGCUGG